AUGACUCCUGGUUUUACUAUUGACUUACCAGACCAGGAUUUGGAUGAGGACGAUGAUGUUGACGGGGGCGGGGAUGAUGAGGGUCCAUCUUUGAGAAAUGUUUCCACCGCGCAAUCUCUUAAUGCAAAAAGUAAUGAAGGACUGAAGCUACUUGUAAAUGGAGGACCUCAUGCUCAGAAAAUGGUUGGGAUAUGGCUCUUUGGCUCUGCUGCUUGGGUGUUUAGUAUGGUCGUACUUGGAGGUGUUACACGACUAACAAGAUCUGGUCUUUCGAUGACUGAUUGGAAGUUCAGUGGUGGGCUCCCUCCUCUAUCUGAUGAGGAAUGGUUACAGGAAUUCGAGAAGUACAAGCUGUCCCCUGAAUAUAAGCGGGUUAAUCGAGGAAUGAGCAUUGAUGAUUUCAAAUUUAUAUACUGGAUGGAAUAUGCUCAUCGUAUGUGGGGAAGAGCUCUUGGUAUCAUGUUUGCUUUGCCAUUUUCAUAUUUUCUUCGUAAGGGAUAUAUUACCAUACGACUUGGACUGAAACUCUCUACUCUUUUCGCCCUUGGUGCUGGGCAGGGUCUGAUUGGAUGGUGGAUGGUUAAAAGUGGUUUAGAGGAACCACCAUCUGAAUAUGCACAGCCUAGAGUAAGCCCGUAUCGGCUUGCAACUCAUCUCACUUCAGCAUUUGUUAUAUACAGCGGCCUUCUUUGGACAGGUCUCUCGGUGGUAAUGCCCGAACCACCUGCAGAAACAAUGUCCUGGGUUAAGGGUGCUGCAAAAGUAAAGAGAUUCGCUCUUCCUGUCAGCUUACUUGUCGGCAUUACUGCUGUCUCAGGAGCAUUUGUUGCAGGAAAUGAUGCUGGACAUGCCUACAAUACUUUUCCAAAGAUGGGUGACACAUGGAUACCUGAGGAUGUUCUAGAAAUGAAGCCACUUAUUCGCAACUUCUAUGAAAAUACUUCGUUGGUAGAGAGGUAUUCACGAGAUCUCAAAUUCAGAAAAAUAUAUUUUAAUCCAUUGAACUACGAGCUCAAUGGCUCAAACUCCGCACGACCAGUAGUUUCCUGA